CUCUAAAUAGAGAGAUAAAGGCAGAGAGAGAGAGAGAGAAAACGAAAGAGGAAAAGCCCAGACUGCCGUUCUCUCGCUCGCUCUCAAUUCUUGCCCCAGGACAUCAGGACGCGAGCAGGAGCCAUGAGCAGCGGUGGCGGUGACGGCGGUGACAACGGCGGCGGCGGCGGUACGGACUCGCGUGCGGUGGAGAAGGACUGCAGCCUUCCCUUCUGGCAGGGCGCCUGGCAGCGCAGGCAGAUUGGCUUCCACGACCCCAACGUACACAAGAAGCUCAUCAAGCACUUGGACGCGAUGCGCAGCGGCCGGGCCAAGCUGCGCGUCUUCCUGCCCCUGUGCGGCAAAGCCGUGGACAUGAAGUGGCUCGCAGACUUGGGCCACGAGGUGGUCGGAGUGGAGGGGGUGGAAUCCGCCAUCGUCGAGUUUUUCACGGAGCAGAACGUGGAGUUUCGGAGGCAACCGGUGGCGUCUCUACCCGACGGGGAACUCUUCCAGAGUCUGGACGGCAAGAUGUCCAUAUACAGAUGCGACUUCUUCGACUUCACAAGUGCGGUUGCCGGUCGGUUCGACGCGAUGUGGGACCGCGGGGGACUCGUCGCCAUCAACGCGAGCGACCGCGAGCGGUUUGCAGCUGUCAUGACCGACCUCAUGGCACCGGGCUGCCGAUAUCUUCUGGACACCUUCAACUACAAUGACCUCACCUUCAAGGGACCACCCCAUUACGUGCCUGAAAGUGAAAUACGAGCUCUCUACGGCGAGCGAUGCGACGUGGAACUGCUGGAAUCGGACAAAGAGUCCAUGGCUGACCGUGCCGAAAGCUGGGGCCUGGACUACCUCAUUGAAGUCGUCCACCUCAUCACGCUCAAGUAGCGCUCGUCCGGAUCGCCCCGCAACCAGGAGUAGAGAUUAACAACAAGACCGCAUUCGUCAAUAACACUGCCUGGGAGCAGAAAUGCAUGUCAAUAUAAGGCGUAAUUUUGGGCAGUGUCCCUUCUAUUGACGAGCGUACCGAAUUUGUGUUGGCGAUUGCGCGCUACUGAAAGCGCGUCACGAAAUAAAUUGACACGAAAUUACCGUACCGUAGGCACGCAACCACGACGCACCAUAAUUUAUAUAUGGAUUUGGUUAAUGUAGAAAACAUGUACAAGCGAAACUGUAAAUUGAUGAGCAAUUCUCAAAACCAAAUUUAGCAAUCAGAAUCAGAUGUUUCGCUUGAAACUGCGCCAAGCAUCUUUAGGACAAAGAUCCAGUCAUUCAGAAUAAAUUGCAGGAAGUACAAAUAACUGAAGUACACACCUGGACAAUUAUGAAUCACAACUGUGACUGCGGAUACCUACUUGUAAUUUUUUACAAAUUAUUUAAUAGAAACCAGGACAAUGAACAGCGGAAAUCAGUCGACUCACAGGUGACGGGGAGAGUGGGGAACAGGGCGUCGUGACGUGCCACGGCUUGGCGUGGACUUGGCAGAGGUCAGCCAAGCGUGCGGUCCGAGGUUUCUUGGACGAGCGGUGACGAUUUUAAAAACAUAAAAUUUGCACUGAAAUCGUCCGUCUUGUUUUGGAGCGUUGAGUGACCAAACCGUCCCCCCGAUGCUCUCGACUGGACAUCGAAACGUAACGUCACUCUUACCGUCACUCUGAACUCCACAUGACACCGCCGACAAGCACGAGGAGCAGAGCCACGGUUUUACAGGCGUAACCGAGCAUGGACAAUGCACACUCUUUGUUUCACCUCGUAGACCUACCUCAAACAAAAAAUUCACACUUGUACCACUGUACCAGCAAAAGAUAUUAAAGAAAUCAAACGUCAAAA